UUGAACGUGAAAAGCUUUACUUUAGCUUUGACCACCAUGCUUUCUCUCUCUACUCUCUAUCUCUCAAUACAUGAUACAUGGUAGCCCACAGAUUACCCAACUCUGCCUAAAACUCUCAAAGCUUUUCUUUCUUUCAUCUUCUCUCUCUAAUUUUUUCUUUCUCUGUUUCUCUCCACACAUUUUGAGAGGAGGCCACUCUAUCUCUCCCUACAGUGGUGCCCUUUUUUUCUUGCAUUUGCAAAAAGCAAAACCCUAAAGUCCUGAUCUUUGUAAUUUCAGGUAGUGUUUGAUGAUCAAGAAGAGUUAUUGAAAAACUACAUUUUGCUUGUGAAUUUGUUUGAUUCUUUCUUGCAAUUCAUGGUUCUAUAAAGCUUGACUGUAUCCGGAAAGUUAUUUUUUUGUGGGAGAAAGUGUUUACAUUUUGAGAUGCCUUAUAUCUGUCUGUUGAUGAAGUUGGGUAUGAAGAACAUUGAGCCAUAUAACUGGGAGGGCCAUGUAUUGAAUCCGGAGGCCAACUGAUGGGUUUGUUCAGUCUGACUAACUUAAAGUGUUUAUGCUUUUCUCAAUGGCCUCAAAACCUAGUGUUAGAACUUCCCCGGAAAAGCAGAGAAAAACGAAUGGUAAUCAAACAUUAGAAGGAAAUUCUCGCAGGCCUUCCCCUUUGCAGGUUUCAAAGACGAGUAAAUCAGAUCUUGUUACCCCCAAAAACUUACCUAGAAGUCUGCAUCAAGCUGCCCCUAAGCAGGUCGCCAAGGAAGCAUCAGAGGACAAAUCCCCCAAUUCUCAACAAAAAGGGUCGGCCGAUGCUUUAGCCGACAAAUUAGAUUCAAGCUUACCUUUCGGUGUUUUGAAACAAGUACCAACAAAUGUGAGUCCUACAGUCAGUGACACUAGGGGUUCACUUGAAAGUGGAGCAUAUCAGGAAAAGAAGUCAUCAGAUCAUGGGAAUAUAAAGGAUAGCUCGGCUUCUGCUAAAGUUAGUGAUGGGGCUAAUAGCCUUGCAAAGACUAGUGGAAGUGCUAAAAUUAGCGAUCGAGCUGAUUUUGUUGAGAGUGGGAAGAGCAGCAUGUGCAGAGGUAGCACAAGCACUGAUGUAAGUGAUGAAAGUACUUGUAGCAGCUUCAGUAGCAGUAUUAAUAAACCUCACAAGGCAAAUGACUCAAGGUGGGAAGCCAUUCAAGCUGUCCGAGCUAAAGAUGGGGUUUUGGGUUUGAGCCAUUUCAGAUUGCUGAGGAGGCUGGGCUGUGGGGAUAUUGGAAGUGUCUAUCUUUCGGAGUUGAGUGGCACUAAGUGUUACUUUGCUAUGAAGGUUAUGGACAAAGCAGCACUAGCGAGCCGUAAGAAGCUGCUUCGUGCUCAGACAGAACGAGAAAUACUACAGUCUUUGGACCAUCCCUUUCUGCCAACCUUGUACUCUCAUUUUGAGACAGACAAAUUCUCGUGUUUGGUGAUGGAGUUUUGCCCGGGAGGUGACUUGCACACACUUCGGCAGAGGCAACCAAGAAAGCAUUUUUCUGAGCAAGCUGUCAAGUUUUAUGUAGCAGAGGUCCUCCUUGCUCUUGAAUACCUCCACAUGCUCGGGAUUGUCUAUCGUGACCUCAAGCCGGAAAAUGUCCUUGUGAGGGAAGAUGGACACAUAAUGCUUUCGGACUUUGAUCUCUCUCUCCGCUGCACCGUCAGCCCGACACUUGUCAAGUCCUCAGCCAUUGAGACUGAACCCUUGCGGAAGAACCCUGUGUAUUGUGUCCAACCUGCUUGCAUUGAGCCAUCUUGUAUCCAGCCAUCAUGUGUGGUCCCAACAACAUGUUUUGGUCCUCGCAACAUCUUUUCAAGUAAAUCCAAGAAAGACCGAAAACCCAAGAAUGAAAUUGGAAACCAAGUCACCCCAUUGCCUGAGCUCAUGGCUGAGCCAACAGGAGCACGCUCUAUGUCGUUUGUUGGGACCCAUGAGUACUUGGCACCUGAAAUCAUUAAAGGUGAAGGGCAUGGCAGUGCAGUCGAUUGGUGGACUUUUGGUAUCUUUUUAUAUGAAUUGUUGUUCGGUAAAACUCCGUUCAAGGGAUCAGGGAAUCGGGCCACCCUGUUCAAUGUUGUUGGUCAGCCACUUCGAUUCCCAGAGUCACCAGUAGUCAGUUUUGCAGCGAGGGAUCUGAUAAGGGGGUUGCUAGUAAAAGAACCACAGCAUAGGCUGGCGUACAAACGAGGGGCAACGGAAAUAAAACAACACCCUUUCUUCGAAGGUAUAAAUUGGGCUUUGAUUCGUUGUGCAAGCCCGCCUGAGAUCCCCAAGCCUGUUGAGAUUGAACAAAUUCCAGUCCCAACAGCAUCAACUAGCGAAAAAGCUGCUGCUGUUGUAGCUAACCCUGAUCAGAAAAGCUCCGAUAGUUAUCUUGAAUUCGACUUCUUUUAAUGGUUUUCCAGACUUGAUCUUCUGCUAUUUGUUUCUUCUUCUGGGAAAAGAUGUGUAGAGUUGCAAUGAUGAAUUCAGGGUAUUUUUUUUUUUAAUAUGUUGUGUUGUUAUCGAACAGUUUCUAAAUUUGUUGUAUUGCACAAGCUGAAUGGUUGAUACUAUCAAUCCAUAAUGUGAAUUCAGUAAUGAUUUUUUUUUU